AUGGACCGCCUCCACAUGGACCGCCUCCACAUGGACCGCCUCCACAUGGACCGCCUCCGCAUGGACCACCUCCACAUGGACCGCCUCCACGUGGCCCACCUCCUGGGCGAUCACAAGGACCGCCCCAGCACGAGCCCCAGCAUGGAACAUUCCCUUACAGGCACCCUGCCAGGUCAGAUCCAGUCCAACCAUGUUUCACAUCUCCCCGGCGAGACAAUGAGCGGCUUUCAGGAGAUGAGUCCGAACAUGAAGCGUACAAGGCUGGUACGGGAAGAAGCCAGGCUGGCUCUACUCCAGAACUGUUCUGCCAAAAUCGUGGUCGUCUUGCCAGAAGCAUUUCUGGCCCCCAGGGUGGCAUCGCUGUUCAUCGCUGGGCUUGCAAACGCCACCUGGCAUGUGGAUGUGUUUGCACCAAUGAGGCAGGCCAAUGCAAACAAUUGGGAAUUGAAGUGGGCAGACAACAAUGUCAUGGUCAUGUCGGCGGCGUCUUUGCUUCGACUGUUGAAUGGCAGAGAAGCCAAACCUGUUGCUGGCUGUUCAAAAACCAACGAUCCAACACUGGAUCUUGAUGAUAUAGACAUGAUGGUCCUCGAUGAUGUCCAUCGUGCACAUGGAGACAGAACGGCAUACAGCAAGGUUGUGCAGUUGUACUCCACAAGGACUGCGCAACAACGCAUCAAGCGACCGAGGGUGCUGGGAGUUACGAUGUUCCCACACAGGAUGGGCGAUCCGGUGAACGCUGUGCACAGCUGGAAUGGGCUGGUGGGCAAGUUGACUGCCACAGUGCUGUGCAUGGAAGAUGAGCAGGCUGAAGUGGAAAAGCUCAAUGCACCCAUGCACCAGGAAGAGGCACUGCUGGUCAAUCGCAGGGACAAGGACCAGCACUUCGAGAGGGACAUGGGCGAGUUUGUUGCCACUGUCUUCUCCAUGUUCGAGCAUGUGCAGGGCAUGCGUGCAGAUCUGGCUUCUCUUGGGCCUAUCCCCAGCCCACUACGUGUGUCCAAAGGCCAGUUCUGCGACAAGACUAGCAGAUGGUUGAAGCAAGCAAUUGAGGGAAUCCAGUUUGAUAGGGAUAUAAGUUUGACUGAAAGGAGUGACCUCCUGGCAUGCCUCCACCUCCUGCAAACGCUGCAUGAUGCACUAGAUAUCUCGCAUGAGUUUGGUUGCCAGAUGGCGCUAAAGCACAUUUGGGACACAGUGGACGACAUGUCCAAGAGCCAGACCCUGGCCUGCCUCAGGGAACAGAGCCAGGUGCCCUUCAUAGGCCAGAUGCUGGACUGUCUGUGCAAAAUGCCCUGCAUGUGCGAGCAGCUGCCCUCAGAUGUGAACCCUUCACUCGUGGACUGUGUGUGGUUCCCAAGGUUCACUGCCCUAGUGAGCAUGUUGGCAGGCCAUGCCGCUCGCGACAA